AUGAGUGCAAUAAUACAACGUAUAUUCUUGCAAGAAGAUGAAGAUGAAGAUGAAAGUAUUUUUUUGACUAUUUUAGAAAAUCCAGGUUUGGCUAUCCGUGAUUCAGCAAGAUUAAAUGUAAUAAAUACUUGUCUUAAAAAUCAAGGACUUGAUUCUAUGAUGUCAACAUUAUGCUGUGAUGUUAUUCAAACAUUAUUUGAAACAUUUGAAUUAUCAGAUUUAGCAAAUUAUUUUGGAUUUGCAGCUAAAGCUAUAACUAAUCUUGGAACAGAAGCAUUACAAAAAAUAACUGCAAUUGCUUUUCUUAAAGUAUUUGUUGAAGGAUUCUGGAAUGAAUGUAUUCAAAGACACAAUUAUCAGCAACCAAUAGUUUUCGAUCUAAUGGAAACUGAUGGAGCAGUUUUAAUUAAAGAAAUUAAUGAUUUUAUGAGCAUACCAAAUCCAUUAAUCCAUUCAUUAAAAAUAUAUUUUCUAAGAAUUUUACGUAAUCGGCACAAUCUUCCACUCAAUGACGUAAAACAAUUUUGUAAUAGACAAAAUAGAACACUUCCAUGGCUUGCAAGUAUUGCAUGGGAAGACAAUUCUCAAAAUAGACUUUCAUUUAAUCCUUACUGGGCCUUAGAUAUGUAUGCAGAAGCUGAUAAAGGAUUUUCUAGUUUAUACUCACUUAAAAAUAAAGCACCAAUUAAGAUCUUCCUACAAUCUGUACAAAAAAACGAAUCAAUGGGACAUAGAAUUGCAUUUGGUGGAGUAGUUGUACAACGUAUACAUUUAGUCCAUGCAUCAAAUGAAUGGUCUCUUGAUUAUGAUAAUGCCACCAUUACUUGCAGAAACCAUGCAAUUGCACCUGAUGUAUUAAUUGCCACUGAUGUCUAUCCACAAAAAUUACUAAAAACUCGUCGUCUAUUGAACACAUUGACGUCAAAUUUAGAUGAUUAUAACCUACAAGCAACAGCGUCAUCAUCAUCCAACAACAUUCCAUUUUCAUUACGUGAUAGAAGAAAAUCAAUGGAUUCUUUGUCAUUAACUUCGUCUGUAACAUCGUUACAUUUAAAACAUAUUACCUCCGACACAGAAGAUGAAUUUCAACAUAUACCUAAUAGUUACAAAUCUCUUCACUCGUUAUUUGUUGAUGAUGAUAAUGUGACACAAUAUGGAUCCACUUCAUCUGUCCCUUCUAUAAAGAUAUCUGGACAAAAUAACAAUCAUUCUGAUAUUUGUAAACAGCAUCGUAACUAUCGAUCAGAAUUGGUUCAUACUAUUCUUACUUUGUUAUGUAAAUAUUACCAUUUAUGUAGAUCAAUCACCUUACAGGUUCUGUUGGAGCUUUUAUAUUACAAUGGAUCAGGUGAAUGUCUAACUCCAGAUCAGAUUGAAUUAAUGAAUAAAACUGAAAGAGAUUUACAAGAGAAAUUAAAAAAAUAUUUUUCAGAAUCUUCAGAAUUUCCUUUGGAACAAAUCGAAAAAGCUCUCGAAGAAUCAAUGUUUGGGGGUGAUAAAAAACCAGUUGUAAAAGAAGAUAAUUCUGAAGAUAUUGUUAAAUGUGUCAAAACUCUUAAUUUAAUUCGACAAUCUCGACUAUUAUUAUCACGACAAACAAUAUCCGAAGAAUUCAAUUUUGAAAAUGAUGAAUUAAAUGAAGAUCAAGAAUUGGUAUAUCAUAAUAUAGCAGAUGAAGAAAAAAUUGCAUUAGCAAAAGAAAUGAGCCUAGCACAAAAUCAAGAACAACAUCAUAAACCCCCAAAAAAUCUAAAUGAUCUAAUUACAGAAUAUGAUAAAUCUCGAAAAAAUAUAGCAGCAGAUUUAAAUAAUAAUAAUGAUGAUGAUUCUACUAUUUCUUCCAACGUUGAAGAACUAGAAAUAUCUGUUGAUAAAAGAAAGUUAACGGUUUUAGAAAAACUUGGGAUUGAAUUAAAUGAAUAA